GGUGUUUGAUAUCCUUCAAUAGUAGCAUGUCUGGACGCGGCAAGCAAGGAGGCAAAGCCCGGGCUAAGGCCAAGACUCGCUCUUCCCGCGCCGGGCUCCAGUUCCCCGUGGGCCGCGUGCAUCGCCUGCUCCGCAAGGGCAACUACGCCGAGAGAGUGGGAGCCGGAGCUCCCGUCUACCUGGCCGCGGUGCUGGAAUACCUGACGGCCGAAAUCUUGGAGCUGGCGGGCAACGCGGCCCGGGACAACAAGAAGACGCGGAUCAUCCCGCGCCACUUGCAGCUGGCCAUCCGCAAUGACGAGGAGCUGAACAAGCUGCUGGGCAAAGUCACCAUCGCCCAGGGAGGCGUCCUGCCCAACAUCCAAGCCGUCCUGCUGCCCAAGAAGACCGAGAGCCACAAGGCCAAAGGGAAGUAG